AUGGAGGGUGCGACGGCAGGUGUGGGGCACGGUGCUGCGGCGGUGGUGCUGGACGUGGACGGAGUGCUGCACAAGGGGCCAGAGCCGAUCGCCGGCGCGCGGGAGGCGCUGGAGCGGCUCGAGGCCGCCGGGGUGCCGUUCAUCUUCGUCACCAACUCCGGCGGAGAGACCGAGGAGGGCAAGGCCGCGCACUACCGCCGCCUGCUCGGUUGGGACGCCAUCUCGCCCGCGCGCCUCGUCCAGUCCCACACCCCCAUGCGCGGCCUGCUGCCCCGCUUCGCCGACCGGCCGGUGCUGGCUGUCGGCUCUUCCGUGGCCUCCGCCACCCGCGUCAUGACCAACUAUGGCUUCACGAACUUUGUGACGAUCCAGGAGUUCGCGCGGCGGCACCCGUUCCUGUACCCCUCCAAGCGCUACGACGAGGUCGAGCCGGCGGCGGAGACCACAGCGCCCCGUGCCCCCGCCGCCGCCACGGUGUUCGAAGCCAUCUUCAUUUUGAACCAUCCGGAGGACUGGGGCGAGGCCUUGCAGAUCUGCGUGGACCUCGUCCUCACCAACGGCAACAUUUUGGACACCUCCAGGCGAGCCGCGCCAAUCACCGAAGAGGCUGGCGACGAGGAGCAGCAGCAGCUCCCGGUGUUCCUGGCCAACCCGGACCUGGCCUACGCCAACCAGUUCCACCUGAUGCGAUUCACCAACGGCGCAUUCCACGUGUGCCUUGAAGCCCUGUACAAGAGCGUUAGCGGGCGGGAGCUGAAGAGCGUGCUCUUUGGCAAGCCCUAUCGGGCCACCUACGAGUACGCCAUCCGCCGAAUCACGGAGCUGCUGGAGCAGCGAGGCCACGCCGAGCCGCCACAGCGCAUCUACGCCGUCGGCGACAAUCCACUCUCCGACAUCAAGGGCGCGAAUGGAAUGGGCUGGACUUCGAUUCUGGUGCGCACGGGCUGCUUCCAGAGCACCGACGAUAACGACUCGCAGCACCCGGCCACCCACGUCUGCCCCUCCAUCACCGAGGCCGUCGACUACAUCCUGCAACAAGAGGGCCUCGCGCACUGUUAG